AACUAGGAAACUCUGAAGUGUUCAACCUGGAAACCCUUUACGUUUGAGAUCAGAGGAUCAAUAGGAAGCUCUACGCAAAAUAAAAGUAAGCACAUCUUUAGGUUCUGAGUUGUCUUGAACAUGGCUAGUUUGUGUCCAGUCAGUAACUCUACUAUACGGGUUGUACCCAGUCAGGUUGUACCCAGUCAGGUUGUGCCCAGUCAGGUUGUACCCAGUCAGGUUGUAUCCAGUCAGGUUGUAUCCAGUCAGGUUGUAUCCAGUCAGGUUGUAUCCAGUCAGGUUGUACCCAGUCAGGUUGUACCCAGUCAGGUUGUACCCAGUCAGGUUGUAUCCAGUCAGGUUGUACCCAGUCAGGUUGUAUCCAGUCAGGUUGUAUCCAGUCAGGUUGUACCCAGUCAGGUUGUAUCCAGUCAGGUUGUACCCAGUCAGGUUGUAUCCAGUCAGGUUGUACCCAGUCAGGUUAUAUCCAGGUUGUGCCCAGUCAGGUUGUACCCAGUCAGGUUGUAUCCAGGUUGUGCCCAGUCAGGUUGUACCCAGUCAGGUUGUAUCCAGUCAGGUUGUACCCAGUCAGGUUGUAUCCAGUCAGGUUGUACCCAGUCAGUAACUCCACUAUACGGGUUGUACCCAGUCAGGUUGUACCCAGUCAGUAACUCCACUAUACGGGUUGUACCCAGUCAGGUUGUAUCCAGUCAGGUUGUACCCAGUCAGGUUGUACCCAGUCAGGUUGUAUCCAGUCAGGUUGUAUCCAGUCAGGUUGUACCCAGUCAGGUUGUAUCCAGUCAGGUUGUACCCAGUCAGGUUGUAUUCAGUCAGGUUGUAUCCAGUCAGGUUGUACCCAGUCAGGUUGUAUCCAGUCAGGUUGUACCCAGUCAGGUUGUAUCCAGUCAGGUUGUACCCAGUCAUGUUGUAUCCAGUCAGGUUGUACCCAGUCAGGUUGUAUCCAGUCAGGUUGUAUCCAGGUUGUACCCAGUCAGGUUGUGCCCAGUCAGGUUGUAUCCAGUCAGGUUGUAUCCAGGUUGUAUCCAGUCAGGUUGUAUCCAGUCAGGUUGUACCCAGUCAGGUUCUACCCAGUCAGGUUGUACCCAGUCAGGUUGUAUUCAGUCAGGUUGUAUCCAGUCAGGUUGUACCCAGUCAGGUUGUAUCCAGUCAGGUUGUACCCAGUCAGGUUGUAUCCAGUCAGGUUGUACCCAGUCAGGUUGUACCCAGUCAUGUUGUAUCCAGUCAGGUUGUGCCCAGUCAGGUUGUAUCCAGUCAGGUUGUACCCAGUCAGGUUGUACCCAGUCAGGUUGUACCCAGUCAGGUUGUAUUCAGUCAGGUUGUAUCCAGUCAGGUUGUACCCAGUCAGGUUGUAUCCAGUCAGGUUGUACCCAGUCAGGUUGUAUCCAGUCAGGUUGUACCCAGUCAUGUUGUAUCCAGUCAGGUUGUACCCAGUCAGGUUGUAUCCAGGUUGUACCCAGUCAGGUUGUACCCAGUCAGGUUGUGCCCAGUCAGGUUGUAUCCAGUCAGGUUGUAUCCAGUCAGGAUGUACCCAGUCAGGUUGUAUCCAGUCAGGUUGUACCCAAUCAGGUUGUAUCCAGUCAGGUUAUAUCCAGUCAGGUUGUAUCCAGUCAGGUUGUAUCCAGUCAGGAUGUAUCCAGUCAGGUUGUAUCCAGUCAGGUUGUAUCCAGUCAGGUUGUAUCCAGUCAGGUUGUACCCAGUCAGGUUGUACCCAGUCAGGUUGUACCCAGUCAGGUUGUAUCCAGUCAGGUUGUAGCCAGUCAGGUUGUAUCCAGUCAGGUUGUAUCCAGUCAGAUUGUAUCCAGUCAGGUUGUACCCAGUCAGGUUGUAUCCAGUCAGGUUGUAUCCAGUCAGAUUGUAUCCAGUCAGGUUGUACCCAGUCAGGUUGUAUCCAGGUUGUAUCCAAUCAGGUUGUAUCCAGUCAGGUUGUACCCAGUCAGGUUGUAUCCAGGUUGUACCCAGUCAGGUUGUAUCCAGUCAGGUUGUACCCAGUCAGGUUGUAUCCAGGUUGUAUCCAGUCAGGUUGUAUCCAGUCAGGUUGUACCCAGUCAGGUUGUAUCCAGUCAGAUUGUAUCCAGUCAGGUUGUACCCAGUCAGGUUGUACCCAGUCAGGUUGUAUCCAGUCAGGUUGUACCCAGUCAGGUUGUAUCCAGUCAGGUUGUAGCCAGUCAGGUUGUAUCCAGUCAGAUUGUAUCCAGUCAGGUUGUACCCAGUCAGGUUGUACCCAGUCAGGUUGUAUCCAGUCAGGUUGUAUCCAGUCAGGUUGUAUCCAGUCAGGUUGUAUCCAGUCAGAUUGUAUCCAGUCAGGUUAUAUCCAGUCAGGUUGUACCCAGUCAGGUUGUAUCCAGUCAGGUUGUGUUUAUAUUUUAGUAUAGAAUAGGUUAUUCUUGGUUGUAAUGGUGACUUCUAGCAACAGGCAGGCAGGCAG